GAAAUAUAUGUGCGGAUAAGAUGCAGGGUAACAUAGCCUUGGCUUUUCUAUAAAAACUACCAAAUGGAUAAACCUCAGGCUGCCUGAAUAGAUUCAUUUAACUAAAACUCACCUUCUGCUUCUGCCCGUGAAAGUGUGGCCUCCACCUUCUUCUUUCACUACUCGAGUCUGUGUGCUACUGUGUGUCUCUGUGUGUGAUCUUCUCCAAUCAGUUAAAAAGAGGAUAUGCAAGGAGGAAUCAGAUCCUUGGUGUCACAUGGAAGCCUUGUGAAACAAGCAGUCCUCCAACAUGUUCGUGUGAUGAAGGUGAACCCCCUUCAAUCACUUAUGUUGUCACGCCAUGAGUCAACUUCAGCUGCUCCUCGUAUGGAAGAACAUGGCUUUGAAAGCACCACCAUUUCUGAUAUCUUGAAAGGAAAAGGAAAAGGUGCUGAUGGCUCAUGGCUCUGGUGCACCACUGAUGAUUCUGUUUAUGAUGCUGUCAAAUCGAUGACACAACACAAUGUUGGUGCAUUGGUUGUGGUCAAACCUGGGGAACAAUCAUCCAUUGCUGGAAUUAUUACAGAAAGAGAUUAUCUGAGGAAAAUCAUUGUUCAGGGAAGAUCUUCAAAGUCAACUAAGGUCGGAGAUAUCAUGACUGAAGAGAACAAACUUAUCACAGUAACUCCAGAUACCAAAGUUCUGAAAGCAAUGCAGCUAAUGACAGAUAAUCGUAUCAGACACAUUCCUGUGAUUAGUGAGAAGGAGAUGCUGGGGAUGGUGUCGAUUGGGGAUGUGGUUCGUGCUGUGGUGAGUGAACACAGGGAGGAGCUCAACCGUCUGAAUGCAUUCAUACAGGGUGGCUACUAAAGAAAGAAAAUGCAUAUCAUCAUUUAUUUAUAAGAAGCUGCUGGAGUUGACCACAUCAGAUGGUUGCACCUUUUGUGUGUUUGUGCUUUAAUAACAUCUUAGGAGUCUGUAGAUAUUUUUAAAACGUUUUUUUUUAUGGUUCUUGUACUGUUAUCGACGAUGUUAUGUUGCUCGAUAGACUUGAUAAUAACAAAACUUUUUGAUGCUUCAA